AUGCUCCGCGUCCGCGACCCGCAGCGCUCGCUCCACUUCUACAUCAACCUCAUGGGCAUGCGCACAGUCUUCACCAUGAAUGCCGGCCCUUUCACACUAUACUACCUAGGCUACCCUCCCACAUCGGCAGACCGAGCAGACCUGCCCUCCUGGUCUGCCCGGGUCGCCAACCCUCCGGUUCUCACGCAAACCCCAGGAUUGCUGGAACUGUACCAUGUCCACGGGACAGAAAAAGCAGACACCGAGGGCGGCUUCAACAUGUCCACUGGCAAUACGCCGCCGCAUCUCGGCUUCGGACACUUAGGGUUUACGGUCCCGGAUGUUGCGGGCACAUUAGAGAGGCUUAGGAAGGAAGGGGUCCCAGUCAUCAAGGAGCUGGGUAAUAGUUCGCGAGAGGGUGUGCCGUUGAGUUCGUGGGAAGAGGAAAGGGGAGUCGGUGUGGGCGAGAUUCAUCCGAAUUAUCAGAAGCUCUUCAAUCAGAUUGCUUAUGUCGCUGAUCCGGAUGGAUAUCUAGUGGAACUGAUUCCUCAGAAUUUACAUUGA